UGAUCGAACGUUCUAAACACACGGUUUGGCAAUUUCCGGUCAGUCUAGUUGUUAUCGACGAUAUAACGUUACUACCACUAUGUCGCAGUUUUUUACUAGGUGUCUUCAGGACUUGCCUCAAAUACAUAUUAAUGAUGUACAUCUAAUGAUGUACAUCGAAUUGUUAAAUAAGCCUCCGAGACUCCAGCUAGCAAGAAUGAAAAGGGGUUCAAGAUGUAUAUAGGAAGCUACAUAGACAACUAUGAAGUAUCUAACAAAGAUACUUUGACAGGGGAGAUCACCGUGAGGGCUGCCUGUCACAGGUCCAUGAGGAAGAGUGAAAAGCCGCACAGCAUGAGAGUAGGGAAAGAUGGUGUUAAAGCACUCCGUACCAGUGAUAGUGGUCCAAAGCCACUGCUCCUGUGUUGCAGGAAGUGCUCUGUGCAAUCAUCUGGUGGCCCUUCUUUACCAGACUACUCUCAACUAAACAUUCCUGCUGCACCACCAGUUCACAGCUGCACAGACACAGAACAGCAUUGGCACAAGCCAAGAACACUUAGUGUGAAGCCAGGUCCGGUUGGUGGGAUAGAGUUCCGUAAACCUAUUAACUCGUGUGCUGAUGGAAUAAGAAGUUCACUCUACAAAGCACUCAAUGGUUACAUGCCUGACAUGGACUCUCUCCACGUCUCAGAAACGUAUGCCAACUUUUCUCCACUUCCUGCCCCUCUUGGGACAACAAUGGAAAUGUCAGCUGACAUGCCCCUGGUUGAGUCCUCCUUUGGGCCAGUGCAAUGCGGCAGUGUUCUGUCCUAUCAGCUUCCACAGCCAAAGACCCAUGAAAUUGUGAAGAUUGCCGAUGCCCCUUCUCCACCAAUACUUCCAUUAGAUGGCUACAGGCUUCAGGCUUCCCAGUGUGCUUACGUCCUUAGCCAUCAGGAGCAGUUCCACCUCAAGGCAUUAGAGACAACUUACGAGAUGUCACAAAGUUGAGGUUGCUACAAGGGAGCAGAGCAGCAGCCCGGAAUCGCAUCAGCUCAGGAAAAUGAGAAUAACAUCCUCUCGUUUCCAAGAGGUUUGCCAUGUCUGGGGCGAGACCUCAGCUGACCACCUAGCUGAGCGUAUGUUCAAGGAAUCUGGGAUCUGGAUGCAGACCAUGGAGAUGAAGAAGGGGCUAGCCAUGGAGCCAGUGGCUGUACAGGAGUACUGCACACUGAAGAAUUUUAACUUCUUUCCGUGUGGCUACGUAGUGCACCCAGGUGCUCCGUGGUUAGGAUCCUAUCCAGGUGGAAUCAUAUUUGAUCCCAGUGUGAGACCACACUUUGGACUCUUAGAGGUCAAGUUAUGUUGACUGCCCUUACCUAAAGAUACAGAAUGGAGAGCUGAAGUUGAAGAGAUCUCAUGCUUACUACUGGCAGGUGAAAGGUCAAAUCCUUCUCACAGGUUGUAGCUGGUGUGACUUUGUCAUCUGUGCACAGGAGGACAUUUUAGUUGAAAGGAUAUUUAAAGAUCUACAGGUUUAAAAAACUAUGAGAGAAGGUUGACCACUUAUUUUUACCACUACUUGCAGAAGUGUCUCUCGCACCUGAAUGGAUCCCCUGCAUGGGUGCCAAGUUUAGUGGUUUUAUGAAAAAUAAGUAUUGAUGUUCUUGUGAAGAAAUCUAUAGUAGAAUAGAUUUGUUUAAAAAAAAAUAUUUCAGCAAAUGUUCAACAGUUCAGUUAAUCAAUUACACAUCUCUAACAUUGUAUUCAAUCUUGCAUUCUGGCUGUACUGUGUUUACUUGAUUUCUUUCCCCCACCCCUGUUACUCAUUGCCUAAUUAAAGCCAAUACAAGCUCCACACAAACUGAUAUUCACUACAACACAAAUGAUUGAUACAUGUCAUAGAUAAACAAAUGAUUAUUUUGCUGCGAGCAAAUAAACACAUGUACAUUUACACUGGCUUGGCCCAUGCUCUGGACCGGAUCAGAGACGGCACAGUCCAUAGGCAGCGCACCUUGUUCUUCAUCCCCCUCAGUCGGAGCAGGACGUUUCAGUCUUCUUUCCCAAACACCAGAUCUCUUUUGAAUUUGCCAGUUCCAUGCGAAGACAGUAGGAACUACACCUCUUUUUAGGUAUUGCCCCCCCCCCCCCCAUUUUCCCCUCAACAAAGUCACUGUCGACGAAAUGUGUACUACACACCUUUGUGUGUUUGGUGACAGUAAAGUUGUCACGACGUACUGCCACAAACCACCUUUUUCUGAGCUCUACAUCGACUGGGAAACGAUGGAAGCUCACAAUACCAUUACAUUUGGAAGAAACUGAACACAGAGGCACUGAACAAUGUUCAUUAGCACCUCCUUGGCGGGGCUGUAAUUUAAACGUAGUAAUUGCGAACUAUUUCAGCCAGAAAUGCAUCGACGACAGCUAGUAAGCUAAUGAUAAAAACAAUAGCAGAACUCGCUCCGGAAGUCAUUAACCCGGUCUGAAGUAAAUUAGAACGUUGGAGGUGGAAUAAUGCAUUUAGCCUAUUACCAGCUACUGUAGCUGGAUGCGAGUUGACUCACUGAGUAUCGUGAAUACGGCGUUAGCGUAACUGCGUUCAAACAGGGCUGCAAUGAAAACGAAUGGGCCUACAACUAAUAUGUUAGCGUCAAACUUUGACAAGGCAAUGGACAAAUAGUAUUUGAGACAAGCUGAAAAAACAGACCUCUUCUGGCGCAAUCUUUACUUUGUUCUGUGUUACGACGUAUCGUACGUAGUUUAAUGUACAAACAACGACCUAGCUAUACGUAAUGUGUAGCCAAUUUAGAUAGCUACAGUAAUAACAGCCCGUUUGUACCACUGACGUAUAUGUUUCGAUUUAGCAUUCGAACCACAUUGAUUAUGAAACAUUGAGAAUAAUGACAAAGAUGCUGGUAGCAAACGCAUGAGCAAUCAACAUUAACCCAGCUAACUAGCUAGUAUGCAGGGUCGUCACUAGUUACCACAGCCAUAAACCCUGCCAUAAAAUGUGAUUUUAAACCUAACCUUGUGCCUAACCGUAAAUUCAUUUAAAGUUUUCAUGAAUUCUUAUAGCCAAUUUUGACUGUGCCAUCUAUUCUUAUAGCCAAUUUGGACUGUUUGUGCCAUCUAGUGGAAACCAGUAUAGUAUGCAGUUGCCUGUCAGCUAGCUAACGAACCAAUCAUAUGCAGAUGGCUGACUAACAAUAAAGCUGCCUCUGCUCCAUCUGUGAAUCAACCAGGG